GACCGGCGGCGCCCAAAGACACCUAAGAUCUUGCCCUGUGGGCUCAUCUUUAUUGAUUCCAGGCCCAUUUCUGACCAGAACAAAGCAGAUGACGAAUAGAGUCCGAGGCAAUGGGAUGGCCAUCUACUCAAGAGCCGGGGGACUCAGAAGAGCAAGGAGGCCCGGCCCAGACGGACGUAUGCGCUACUCAGAUUUCUGAAGAGAUCCUCAGGUCCUAUACUGAUGAGAUGGUGAGUUCUGGUUCCCUCAGCUCCUCCGGGGAAGAGCAGUCCUGUUCCUACAACUCUGAGAGCUCAUUGGAGAGUGGGAAGCCGACUACAAGUUCAGAAGAACAAGACGAGCUGCUAGAACGUUCAUUCUUACAGAAGGAAGAACAUAGGCUGAGUGAAAAGUGGCUCAACCACAUCAAGGGCAAAGGAAUUCAUUCGGAAAGAUACCAACCCCGCAGUAGACUCCCACCAGAAACUCCUGGGGCAUCCGCCGAAGAACUGAAUGCCCUCCAGUCUUUUUGUUCUGUUAAAGUAAACCUGAUCCACCAGAGAGAGGAUUCAAGAGCAAAGAAAAGCCCCAGGCCCAAAAGGCUGCCGCUCAGACGGGUUGCAGAGACUUCAGAGGUAGACGCUUCCAAUUGCACUGUUCCUGACGAACUGCUGAGCAGAAUCUAUUUGAAGAACACGAGGGCAACUCUAGCGCACAUAGGGGCCCUUAAGCAGCAUGUUUCUUCGCAGUGUCCCAGUUGCAACAGCAAAAGGGCAGAGCUGGCUCAGUCUGACUUCCUGAAGCGCAGGAAGACUCUGUUGGAGUCGCUUCUGCUCCAAGAGAAAAUAGACGAACACCUUCAUACCACAGACUUUCUCACCCUCAUUGGAGAUGCACAUCGGGGCUUCCCCAGGCUUUCAGAUGAUCCCAAGGUCAUUUGGAAGAAAAUGACUGAGAAAAUUCAGACGGGAAGCCCCAGUUUUGGAAAGGCAGAAGCAAUGCUGGUGUAAGAUGGGUGUACAAGUACCCUACUGCUCUUCAGCCUAUGUAUCCAACUAGAUAGGAGGCACUGAGAGCUAAUGGUGAUAUAGAAUGUGCCCAGCCAGGGGAUGGUGACUAUUAAUGAUUAAUGAAAACAAUAUGAUGUGUGUACACGUUCCUGUUGCGUAUUUAAGUAAUUACCAUCGUUUGUAGAGGGAAUUUAGAAACUAAUGUAAGAUUUUCUUUCUCUUCCUCCAUGGUGGUCUAAACAAUUCCAUCCGAUAUAUUAUAUAUUUUACAUUAUGGAAGAUAAUUGGAGUAGCCAUCAAAACUUUAUUAUUUAGGAGAAUGAAAGAUCCUGGCAGUUUGGACUGGUGGUUGACAGUACAGAGAGAGAGAAGUAAACUGAUGUAAGAUAGUUAGGAAGCAUGAGUGGCUGCUUUUGUUGAUGAAAUGGCUGUGUGGAUUUAAUAAAAGCUAAAUUUUAAAAAGGCACUAGCAUUUUGUCUAGGAUACUUCCCUGACUUGUGGGCUUGAUACUUGAAUGAAUGAUAAUUUUCUUAAGAUAGUAGGCUGGCUAGUUUCUGUCAACUUGACAAAACUAGAAUCACCUGGGAAGAGGGAAUAAUCAAAUCAGUUGAGGAACGGCCUCUAUCACACUGGCCUAUGGGAAUGUGGGUGGGGGUGGUCAUUUACUACUGGACUAAUAUUAAUUUGGGAGGGUCUACCCCACUGUAGGCAAUGCCGUCCUUGGUCAGGUAGUCUUGGGCUGUGUAACACAUCAGCUCAGUAAGUCUAUUUUCCCAUGCUUUCUGCUUUAGUUCCUUCCAAAAAUGUUUUUGACAGUUCUCUGUACCCCUCCAUUGACAAUAACCUGUAAGUUAAAUAAUUUCCUCUUCCAAGCUGGUUUUGCUUAAUAUUCCCCACCCCCGGCAACAAAAACCUAAACAAUGCAGACUUUGGUACCAGCGACUGGGACGUUUCUCUGACAGACCUGAUCAUUUUUCUUGGGACUACCGUGGAAGGCUUUGAGAGCUUUGUGUUAGGAAAGGCCUCUGAGUCUUCAGGGCUUAAUGACCUGUUGGGAGAGCUUGUACUAGGGGAGUGUUGAGAGAGGGGCAGGAGUUGGAGACCGGGCUUGCAAAGCUUUAGAGAGAAGCAGAGACUACCAGGGAUGCUUAUGUGAUAUUCUGAAUCAAGAGGUCAGCUGACCCAAAUGAGAACCACUUAGGAAGGGAGACUCUCAAUUGAGGAAUUGCCUUUAUUACACUGGCCUAGGAUGGGCAUAUCCUCGGGCCACUUUCUUGAUUAAUGACUGAUGCGGGAAGGCCCAGGCCACUGUGAGUGGUGCCGUCCUUUCGCAGAUGGUACUGGGUUGUAACAAAGCAAGCUGAGAAACCCACGGCAAACAAGUCAGUAAGCAGCAUUCCUCCAAUGGUCUUUGCUUCAGUUCCUGCCGCUAAGUCACUGUCUUGUGUUCUUCCCCUGACAUCCCUAAAUGAUGGAUGUAAGCCGAACAAAUCCUUUUCCCACCCUACUGGUUUUUUGUGAGUAUUUUUUUUCCCAGCUAACGGAAGUCCAACAAUCCAGACAGGAACACUAGAACAUGGCAAAUUUGAAGGAACUGGUUGACUAUAACCCUUUGUAUCUAGGUAGUGUAAGGUGUAUUUGAGACAUACAUAUGGAGAGUGGGAAAAAACAUGUUAUUUAUAAUUACAACCAACAGGAAAGGUCUAGAUGUUAGAACUCAGAGGGAUUAGUGGGGAAAUCAUUGGUACAUGGCUGGAAAUUGAAGCCACAGAUCGGUGAACUUUUCUAGAAGUUAGGAUAUAAAACAGAAGCAGGGUUAUUUCCAGCUUCUGAGAAACGCCAACCACAAAUGACUGGGGGAAUAAUCAUGCAAAAGUAAAGCAAUGAAAUAAAGAAUAUGAAUAUACACUGCGUGAAAAGUUUAAUUGCUGGCAGGGAAAAGGGUGAAGCUGAGGAAACACAUAAAGUUGUUAUAAAAAAUCCCUUUUGGUCAUAAUAAUUUUGUGAAUCUUCUGCUUGCACUAAUUUCCAAUCUCAGAAAACUGUCAUUUUUUUGAAGAGUGCUGUGCUGUGAAUGGGGAAAUUACAUGUAUCUUGAUAAGUCAUAUUCAUGUUUUAUUUCUUUAUAAAAAUAAUAAAUGCUAGCGUGGUGGCAUUACCCUGAGAUUGUUUUCUACAUGUCACGUGUCUAACAUAUUUUAGUGAAAGAGAAAUGAGUUUGCAAAAGUUAGCUCGCAAGCUUCUGUAGCCAAGGCCUUACAAUUUCAUACUUUGAA